AUGGGGUGCAAGGGCUCCAAGCUGGACAGCCAGGAGGCGGUGGCGCUGUGCCGCGGCCGCGCCGACCUCAUCGCCGCCGCCGUGCGCCACCGCUACGCGCUCGCCGACGCGCACGCCGCCCUCGCCGGAUCCUACGAGUCGCUCGCCGCGCCGCUGCACCUCCUCCUCCAGCUCCAGGACGAGCCGCCGCGGCUCUCGCUGCCUGAAGACCGCAAGGGCGGCCGUCGUGGCGGCGGUGGCGGUCUGCCGCUCCCGGACCGCCGUCAUUCCUCGCAUGUCGACUUCGAGCCCACGUCGUCCUCCGGAUCCGACUCGGCCUCCUCCCCGGCCGGAUCGCCUCCCCGCCGCGUCCACGAGCAGCUGCUCCCGCAGCCGAAUUACUACGGGUACGCGCCCGAGCCCGCGUUCGCCUACCCGGCGCCUCCGCAGAGCACGAUGCAGUUCUACUACGCGCGCAGCCGCCCGCCCCCGGCGUCGGUCGCGGUCGCGCAGCGUGCGCCGGUGUCGGAGCGCGCGCGCUACGGGGCUUUCGAUGCGGCAGUUGGCGGCGGCUACCCGCAGUAUUACGCCUACGGCGGCGAGCCGGCCGCCGCCGCGGCUGCGCCGCCGCCACCGCCGCCGCAGAGGACAGCGGCUCCGGCUCCGGCUCCACUUCCGCCGCCCAGGGAGACCUCGUCGUGGGACUUCCUAAACGUGUUCGAGAACUACGACGACUCGUACGACGGCUACUACUACAACCCCACCACCACCGCGGCUGCCGCAGCCGCCGCUUACACGCCGAGCCGUAGCUCGCGGGAGGUGCGGGAGGAGGAGGGCAUUCCGGAGCUGGAGGAGGACGACGAGGAGACCGUGGUCGUGAAGGAGAUGGCUAGCGAGUACUCCACGGUUGGAAGCGGCCGCAGCCGUCGCGGCUCGUUCGGUGCUGUCAAUACAAUCCCGGAGGCGGAGGUCGACAACCGGAGGAAUGUACAACGGAGGCGACCAGCAUACCGCAAUGUGGCCCCGCUGACACGAGAGCCGCCGGCGCAGAGGGUCGUCGGCAAUGCGGUGGACGCCGCCACCGCCGUUAAGACGCAGCUUGUUCGGGUGGCGGAGGCAGCAAGGGAGCUCGCGCCGCUGCUCGAGGUCGGGAGGCCGAGCUACCAAGGACGCAACUCGGUCUACCACGCUGCUUCAUCACGGAUGAUGUCUGCAAUCUCUGUGGCGCAUCUGGGGUGCAAAGACGAGGACAUGUUGGGCAUGGUGGUUGGGGAAGAAGGCAAGGUGGUGGGCUCAUGGAGCUUAUCCUUGACACUAGAGAAGCUGUAUUUCUGGGAGAGGAAGCUGUAUGGCGAGGUCAAGGCUGAAGAGAAAAUGCGUUUACGCCUUGCCAGGAACUCUAAGAGACUAAAGCUUCUAGAUCAAAGGGGUGCUGAAGCUCAUAAGGUUGACGCAACUCGAAAUUUGCUCAGGAAGCUGUCAACAAAGAUAAGAAUAGCUGUUCGUGUCAUUGCCAAGGUUUCAAGAAAAAUUAACAAAGUAAGGGAUGAGGAACUAGUGCCACAAGUUAAUACCUUGAUCCAAGGGUUUGCAAAAAUGUGGCAAGACAAGCUACACUCCUACCAGAUUCAGUUACAAGUGAUAUCAGAAGCGAAAAACCUGGCUUCGGUAACAUCAGGUGGAACCAACGGCCGUGAUCUGGCAAUGGAGCUGGAGCUAGAACUGAUUAAAUGGAUCAUCAACUUUUCCUCCUGGGUGAGCGCGCACAGGAACUUCGUGAAGUCACUGAAUGGAUGGCUAGCACUCUGCCUCAACUACGAGCCUCAGGAGGCACCCACCUACUCGCCUAGGCGAAUAGGCGCUCCAGUGAUUUUCGUCAUCUGCAACAAAUGGUCUCAAGCCAUGGAUAGGAUCUCCGAGAAGGAUGUGGUCAACGCAAUGCAAGCCCUUGUCUCAAGCGUGCGCCAUCUGUGGGAGCAGCAAAACCUUGAUCAAAGCGAAAGGAGCGUCGCAGUUCGAGAAAGGGAGAAGUGGAUCAAGAUGUUGGAGCGGAAGGCGCUUGAGAUCAACAAGGAAGCCGACGAGUUAAACAGGAAGCUGGCCUUGGUGCCGGGCCAGCAGCAGAGUUUUCAGCGGUGUCCAACGAUACGAACGUACGAGGCGCAUCAUAUUGAAGCGAGCAGCGUGCACGUGAAUUUGAGGCUGGUUGUUCAAGCUCUGGAGGACUUUGCCUCCAAUUCCCUGGAAGCUUUCCAGGAGAUACCGAGACUAGAUGAAGAGCCAACAAGGCCGUCAAGAGGGAGUUCGAGGGUACCACGGUGA